AUGGUAUCUGAGCCGAGGGAAAUGACGCUUGGGAGAAGCAACAGAAAAGUCUUGAGGCCUAGAAAUGUCGCUGGAGACUCGUCAGAUCCCAUUCUAAACCCGAAGAACUUAGACUUCAACUCCACUUUCUUGAUUGCCAAACGUGGUCUUCAAGGUCGUCCAAUUUCGAAGACAAUUGUCCCGGAGAAAAAUGAACGAGACCAGUUUUUAAAUUUAAGAGUUCAAGCUCCAAUUUUACUUGAAGAGGAAUCGGGCACUAGACAGCGCCAGCAGCAAGGCGCUCAGCAGGUGAAGAGAAGUAGUCUCAGCAAGAAACCGAGAUCCCGCCCAGGAGGAGCAGCCGAUCAAGAAGAUGAAGUCCUCACGCCCUUUGACGAUGGUUUCAGCAGUGCCAGCAGCUCCUCAGUCGCCAGCAGCUAUGCCAUCGUCUUCUUGUCCCUUUCAGACUGCAGCGGCAGAGUCAGUUACUUGUCACAGCGUGCCUUAAGAGUCUCGCAGCAUGGACACAAAUAUUUUGCUGCAGUAGGACAUGCUUUGGUUGAGCCAAAGUCUGUCCAGGAAGCUCUUACUUCUCCAGAGGCAAAGCAAUGGCGAGCAGCCAACUCGCUCCUUAAGAACCAGGUAAGGGAUUUAGUUCCACUAUCAGCAGGCCACAAGGUCGUCAGUACCAAAUGGUUGUUCAAACUCAAGCUCAACACUGCUGAUGAGGUGAUGUGUUACAAAGCUCGUUUUGUAGCCAAAGGAUUUUCUCAGGUGGCAGGUUUUCUGCCACCUGAGAAAUUAAGCAGAUUGUGGUACCAUCUUCCCCAGUGGUAA